ACCACUAAGCUAGAUUAAUAAUAACCUAUCACCACAUGUGCUGGGCACCAGGGAUAUUUUCAUCCUGACCCACAGAGCUAUGGCCAGAACUCGACAAGUUGACUACUUGAGAUUGUGCCUUUUCUGAAGGGUUUUUGUUUUACCCUAAUGCUGAGUGGAAGUGAGAUGUAACUACCGGGCUCUAGCCAAGGUUGUUUGCUGUUGUCAAAUUUUUUCUCUGCUUAAGAAAGAUCCCUGGUAAUAUUUGGCACAAUGUGUGCGGCUGCAAAUUACAGCGGGCCCAAUGUUACAGAUGGCUUUGCCACCUUGCGACGUUUCCGAAGACGAAUCAGUUCCAUCCUUACCAUCCCUGAGUACCUCUCUGAAAUUCAGCUUUUUCAAAUGAAAAAUGUUUCUGUCAAGACAAAAAGUGGCUUGAAAAAUGCUCAGAAGAAUGUGAAAGGGAGACCCACUGUGAACAAGAAGACUGUAAUCAUGGCCACUGAUCGACCACCACAAACCCCCAGCAAAGAUUAUAGACAUUUCACACCAGAUGUCGAUGAUCAUGAUGAUGGCUGGGGUUCAGACUUCUCAGACACUUCGGAUGUGGCGAGUGAGGCAGAAGAAGAAGAAGAUGACUUUGAUGAUGAGUAUGAAGAGCCGACACAACACCACCUAUCAAUGCCUCAAUCAUCUACAGCCCCCAUGAACACUUAUAGACGAGUUUCUCCAGUGGCUGUGAGGGCGCCCAAACACCACACACGCAAGUCACUGCCGCCUGAGCCCCCAGCCCAGGAGACAUAUGAGGACCCACAUCAAGAGUACAGCGAUGAGCCAGAGGAUUACGAAGAGCCAAUUGACUUCCCCUCAUCACGGAAACCCCUACCCUACACACCCACACACCACCAUACACCCACACACCGCCAUCCACAUGCUCCACCAGGCAAACAGUCCCCUCCCAGACCACCUAGCAAACUCCCACCCAGGGUACCGCGACGACCCAAACUAGAAGAAACCUAUGAAAUUGAAGAUGACAUGCAUGAAUGGGAUGAAGAUUAUGAAAAACCGGAAAAAGGACUGGUGCCUCCAGGUGCAAAUCGUAGUGAAAUCAUUUCCACCUCAGGAAAGUUAAAACCCUCAAAUAUUGCCCAAAGAAAUUAUCCAAGAGUAGAAAUUCCACAGGUUGUGGGGUCAUUGGUGGACCAGGCUGGUAACGAUGUCCUUCUGCGUCCGAGUCAGCUGAAGGAGAGACAAACCAAAGCACCAAGUCAUCACCCCAGGUCUGAGUCUACAUCGGAGAAACCACCAGAAAUCCCAGUAUCAAACAAAAUGUUUAGCAAACCUGUGACCAAACCUCACAUAAAUCGUUCAACAGGGUUACCUGGAAGAAGUUUGCCCAAGCCACCAGAAGACCAAGAAAUGGAGGGUCUGUAUAGUUACACAUGGUACCAUGGUGACCUUACAAGGGAUGCAGCCACAGAAAAACUCACAGCCAGAGCCCAGAAUGGUAUGUUUUUGGUGAGGAAAAGCACAAAAACUGGUUCUCCAUAUGCAUUGUCUUUGUUUUAUGGAACUCGUGUCUAUAAUCUGAAUAUUCGACUUCGAGCAGACAAUAAAUAUGCAUUAGGAACUCCAAAACAAGAUGAAAAGUCUUUCACUGGUGUUCCUCCUCUUAUCAGCUAUUUCCAGAGCAACAUGUUGGUACUUGGUGGAGACACUUCAACUCAAACCAACCUCCUAAAUGCUUUGCCCAAAUAAUCUUCACUUUGUGACUUUCGCAACUCUUGCUCAACAUAAUUAGCAUUACUUAUCGCUUGACCAAGCAUUGUGGCAGGUCAUGGAAAACGUGGGUUGGACAGGAGGAGGCUCAGAACACUUUGAUCUCUGGAAACCUUCGUCUGUAGGCCGUCUUAUGUUCUCAUUAAUGGGUAUUAAUGGUGCAACUCAUACGCUGGUCAGUUAGGAAGAUUACAAGAGUAUGGCAUUAAUAGUGAACAGCUUGAAUCCCAAUGUGCAGAAGGUACGGUGCGUGGUAAUCAUUGGUAAUAGUUACCUGAGGUUGCCUGGAAGAGCAGCACAACAUCUGUGGUUUGUUUAACAGCAUUGGAUGGGAAUAUAGAUUGUCAGUGGUCCUGGAUACAGAGCGGCCAAGGGCAUUCAGGGUACAACGUUUCAGUGACUACAAGCAUCACUUAAGUACCCUCAUUAAACAGUCUCUGAAUCAGAGAUGCGGACAGCAGCACCUUGCACCAUAUGUGUACCGUGACUGCGGUAAAGUACAAACACCUUGAUCAUGGAAAAGCGUAAGAAAUAAAUGAGCCUUAACUCAUAGAGUUUGUUUGAGGUGAUUUACCGAUAGUUGCUGUGACAUCAAGUAUUCCUGUGAUGCGAGGAAAAAACAUUCCAGUGUUCUGAGUGGGCCUCUAGGCUCCUGUGAGGGUUUAAUUAUGGAAACGUGGGUUUUAGUGAAGUGUUCACAAAAUACUUUGACAAACAAAAUUGUCAACAAUGAAAGCAUAUUAAAGAUUGAGAUACAUGUAUGAACGACUUUUGCUGAGAAUUUGUUGUUUUCUACUGGAUGUGUUUCUCAGUGUCUUGACCCCAUUUGAUUGUUGGGAAAGGACGAAAGCCUUGAGAGCUGUUCAGACGAAUGUUAUUGAUGAGUCAAGCUUGAUCAUGUUUACUCACUUAUAUCACAAGACAUGUAAAUGCUAUGUCCAGAUUCAUGUAGACUGUGAAGAAAAAUUGCCAUGAGUGCCUUUGCAUUAAGUGAUACUUUAAACUUUUUUCAUAAUACAUAUAGGCGUAAAUCUGCUCUUUACAGAUUCUCAAUUGUUGAGGUUUCAGAAAUUUUGUGUUACACGUACUUCUGACAUGAAUGUAUGUACUGUCGUUUCAGUCACAUAGAGAUAAUGCUGUCAGUUAAGAUAGAACAGAUCAGUUGCAAAGCUGCUUUUCAGCCUCAUUUUUCUCUUAUCAUUCCAUUUUGGAUAAGUUAUUUGCUGUAUAUAAGAAAUAUUCCAGAACUUCCUCAGUGUCUGCUGACCCAAGUCUUUUUUUUUUUUUAUUAAUGAAAGAACAUGGUUUGGUUCUUGACAAUGUUACAUCGUUGUAGAACAAAUGUUUUGUUACUUAUUCAAUUGGAAACAAUGUCAAAUACUAAAGUGAGCUGUCAUUUGCUAAAUUUUUGGUUUAGAAAUAAUGGUUGUGGAUUGUUGUUCUAUGAAGAGUCAUGCAUUAUUGGAAGUUUCUGUUUAUACAUAAAGGGUAUAAAGUGUAUCAAGAAACAUGAAAAAAUGUAUCCACAAGCUUUGGAUUUGCUUAAUAUAAACUAUAAGUGAUAUUUAUAUGUUGUCUUGUUCUGCAAUGGUAUUAAAUACUUGAUUCGGAAAACUCAAAGUUUGUUAUCAGUGUUUUAGAAAGCUGUUCUGAACAAUGUCCAUUGCGUUUAAAGAAAAAAAAAUCAAAAGUGUUUUUCUAUGCAUAAAUCAUAAAGCCUAUUAAGCAUUGUUGAUAAAAUAAAGCUAACAGUUAUUUGAACAAUAUAAAUGUUAUUAGUUGUUCAUGUUCUUUUGUUGAUGUUGAUGCACAAGGGUA